UUAAUUUUAAAAAUUUAAUAAAUCGUUUCAAAUAAGUUAAAUUUAAAGAUAAAUGUAAAAAUUAUGUUUAAUGUUAAACAUCAAGUGUCGACACCAUUAGCCCAGCAACCGAUCGGUCCGUUUUCUCAGGCCAUCAGAUCAGAUAAUAGAGUAUAUAUUUCGGGACAAAUUGCAUAUAAUGUAAAAACAUCAAAACUUGUCUUAAACCCAAUCGAGGCACAGGUCGACCAGAUUUUUAAUAAUAUUAAAGCUGUGGCCGAGGCCUCCGGUGCCACUCUCGACCAUAUCGUCAAAAUCAAUGUCUUUAUCACUGAUUUCAAGUACUUGUCGGCCAUCAAUAGUUCAAUAGAAAAACACUUUCGCUAUCCAUAUCCGUCCCGCACUACCGUCCAAGUGGCCAGUCUUCCGAUGGCAGUUGAUGUGGAAAUUGAGGCUAUUUUAUCACUAACUCAUAAUGAUAUCUCUAAAUUGUAA